AUGAUCCGCCGUCAACCAACGCUUAUCGCCCUGACCGAAAACGACGUCUCGGACGUGCGCGACUUCCUUGAUCGUAUACGCGCAUCCAGGGAAGAACAGCAACGUCGUGCGCAGCCACCUCCCCCGUCGACAAGUGGUGUUAGUGGAAUGAACUCUACUUCUUCUGGUGCUUCGUCUUCUACGAGCACGACUAUAACUGGUUUGGGUCUGGGUCCGGGUCCGAGCUCGGCGGCGGGUUCGAUGACGACUGCUGCCGCUGAGACUGCUGGUGCGAGGAGUAAAGAGGAGCGGUUGGGUCUGCGGUGA